AUGUUCACUUUGCACCAUUUAUUUCUCCUACUGCACUUUUCUCUAUUUAAUUGUGCGAUCAGUAAUGCAUUCGUAUUGAGGACAACGGAUGUGAAGGUAGAAGAGCGCCUCAUUUAUGUGCAAGCUGUCUGGCGACAUGGUGAUCGCGCACCACAUCACUUGCCUUAUCCAAAUGAUCUGAACAAUGAGCACUCUUGGCCAAGAAAAUGGUCUCAGCUAACAAAUUUGGGAAUGAAACAACUAUAUCACUUGGGUAUUUUCUUCCGGAAGCGAUAUAACCGAUAUAUCGAGGAAUUCAAUCCGGAUGAUAUAAAAAUCGUAACAUCCUCGUGGAAUCGAGCGAUCGUUAGUGCUCAAGCUCUAUUGCGCGGAUUCUUUCCGGUUAACAAUACUAAUAUGCAAUGGUUAGAAGAUGAGCAAUGGCAACCAAUUCCUUUUCACAGCGAAAGCAUCGAACGGAGUGAACCUCUUCUUCAUUCGACCUCUCACUCUUGCUCACGUUAUGAUCAACUUGUAAGAAAUGACACUACGAUCGCUGAUGCGAUGAUGGAAAAAUAUGCUGAUGCUGUUCACUUCCUUGCAAAUGUCACUGGAAUUUAUGACAGAUUAAACUUUGGUCGAAUGGCUUCACUGAUUGAUAUUCAACGAGAGAUGAAUCAUCAACUUCCGCAACCAGAAUGGGUUCACCAAAAGUGGCCACAAUUUCAUAAUAUGCGCACUAUUGAUAUAAUUAAGGAAUUUAGUCGUAUGAGGCAAAUUUCGAAAUAUAAUACUUUUGAAAAAGCUCGACUUAAAGGUGGUUUGCUGCUUGGUGAAAUUCUGCAUCGAUUUCAGAACGUUUCAGCUGGGAUCAAA